AUGAAGCUUUAUACAAUUGUUACAAUCUUGGUUUCAUUGUCACUUCUGGCAACACAUGUUGUGCAUGCGGAGAACUUAUACGAUGUCUUCGUUGGUGGAUGGGGACUCAAUGUUAAGAACGAGUCUGAUGCCUCUGUAAUAGAGUUGACAAGCUGUGGCAACGUCUCCACAGCAUGUCUACAAGCCACCAUAAACAAUGAGAAUGAUUUCCUUGGAUUCAGAUUGGCAACGGAUAAUGCUGGUGGAGGAUGGGAUGCCAGCAAAUUCCAGAUAUUGCACUUUGAUAUCGCUGUUACGGCAUUCAAUCAAUCAAAUAUCCCGGUUGUAAAGGUGUCCGUGUUGACUUCGCCAACGCCAACAUUCAUCUACCUCAACUCUACAAAGUACUUGGAUAGCACAGACAUCUAUGGACGUUACCAAAGUGGACGAAUCAGAUUGUCCGACAUGGGAGUCAAGGAUGUCAAGAUCUUCAACGGUAUCUACUUCCGCGCCAACGUCAGAAACAGCAGCUUCACCGUUGCCAACGUCUACCUCACAUCUCCAGCCACAACCCUGUGCGCAUCACUCAGUGCCAUUGUCCUCGGAUUGAUCGUCACUGUCCUCAUGUUGUAG